UUGUGAGCGCAGAAGCCGGAGAAGGAAUCGGAGCGAGAGAAACAGUGUGGCUGCAGUGAGGAAGGAGAGACACAUACAGAGAGAGGACAGAGAGACAGAGAGAACGGCCUCACCUUUUUGCUGACCCAUGAAAGAAGCCAUGCCGGUCCUCUCAGCAGGCACAGGCCUGCACGAGACUCUGGCCCUUCUGACGUCCCAGCUGCGUCCUGAUGCCAACCACAAGGAGGACAUGGUCUUCCUCAAAGACGUCUUCAGUGAGAAGAGCCUGGGCUACCUCAUGAAGAUCCAUGAGAGGCUGAGACAGUACGAGCGCCAGAGUCCUACACCUGUCCUUCACAGUGCCGCCUCCUUGGCUGAGGAUGUGGCAGAGGAGCUGCAGAGUGGACCAAUGAGUGUUGAGGAGAAGGAACUCCUACAGCUGUUGACGUCCCCCCAUCUCAAGGCCGUUUUGUCAGUUCAUGACACAGUUGCCCAGAAGAACUUUGACCCCGUGUUGCCACCGCUGCCUGACGACUUCGAGGACGAGCUGGAGGAGGAGUCAGUGAAGAUUGUCAGACUGGUCAAGAACAAGGAACCACUGGGGGCCACCAUCAGACGGGAUGAGACCACAGGGUCUGUGAUCGUGGCACGCAUCAUGAGGGGCGGGGCUGCAGACCGGAGUGGACUGGUCCAUGUAGGAGACGAGCUGCGGGAGGUCAACGGCAUCUCCAUCAUUCACAAGAGACCUGAUGAGAUCAGUCAGCUUCUGUCCCAGUCUCAGGGCUCCAUCACCCUGAAGAUAAUCCCAGCCGUUAAGGAGGAGGACCGCCUGAAGGAGAGCAAGGUCUACAUGAGGGCCCUGUUUGACUACAUCCCUGCUGAUGACAAGGCCACGCCCUGUCAGGAGGCGGGACUUCCCUUCAAGCGAGGUGACAUCCUGCAGGUGGUAACUCAGGACGACCCCACCUGGUGGCAGGCCAAACGGGUGGGCGACAGCAACCUCCGGGCUGGACUCAUCCCCUCCAAACUCUUCCAGGAGAGACGGCUGGCUUACCGGAUAAAAACGGGCACACUUCCGAACCCUAAAUCCCCUAAAAAUCCUACCUAUGACCAAGGAUGUGACAAAGAGGACUGUGAUUGUGAGGGCUAUUUCAAUGGACAGUACAUAGUCUCUCCUAAGUGUAAAGCAGUGGCGCCCUCCUGUGGCCAGGUGUUUUCCUGGGAAUUUUAUUCAGCGGGUCUGAGGAGGAGUUUCCGUCUGAGCCGAAAGGACCGGUCAGGAUCUCUCGGAGGAGGGGCCACCUCCGACCCCACCGACCCAGACUUUGCCACCUACGAGGAGGUGACUCGCUACCAGCACCGGCCCAACGAGAGACCCCGCCUGGUGGUCCUGAUCGGCUCCCUUGGAGCUCGUAUCAAUGAGCUGAAACAGAAGGUGAUCGCAGAGAACCCCCAUCGCUAUGCUGUGGCCGUACCGCAUACCACCAGGCCCAAGAAGCCUCAUGAGAAGGAGGGGGUGGAGUACCACUUUGUCACCAAACAGGCGUUUGACGCAGACGCUCUGAGCAACAAGUUCAUAGAGCAUGGGGAGUACAAGGAGAACCAGUAUGGUACCAGCAUAGAGGCUAUCCGCUCUGUACAGGCCAAGAACAAGAUGUGCCUAGUGGACGUGCAACCAGAGGCUCUGAAGACACUGCGGACAUCUGAGUUCAAGCCCUAUGUCAUCUUCGUCAAGCCGCGUGUCCCGGAGAGCAGACGCCGUCGUAGUGCUGCCACUUCACCAGCAGGGGGAGAUCAUGGGCGAGUGACGGAUGAGGACCUGCAGGAAAUGCGUCAGUCAGCCCAGCAGAUGGACCAGCGGUAUGGCCACCUGGUCGACCGGGUCCUAAUCAAGGAGGACUCAGCCAGCGCCUGCACAGAACUCCGAGGCAUUCUGGAGCGGCUGGAGCGUGAGACCUUCUGGGUACCCCUCUGCUGGGUGCGGACCUAACCCCGCUCUCCCCAACCACCACCCUCCA